GGGAGCCACCUCAGUGGUCUACAGCUGCCAGGAGAAGGGCACGGGCACCCCAUACGCUGCCAAGAUACUGAAGAAGACGAUCGACAAAAAGAUUGUGAGGACAGAGAUCGGGGUCCUGCUGCGGCUCUCGCACCCCAAUAUCAUCAAGCUGAAGGAGAUUUUCGAGACGCUCUCUGAGAUCGCGCUCAUCCUGGAGCUGGUCACGGGAGGAGAGCUCUUUGACAGGAUCGUGGAGAGGGGCUUCUACAGCGAGCGGGAUGCAGCGCACGUGGUCAAGCAGAUCCUGGAAGCCGUUUCGUAUUUGCAUGAAAACGGGGUCGUCCACCGUGACCUGAAGCCAGAGAACCUGCUCUACGCCGACCUGUCCCCUGAUGCUCCCCUUAAAAUCGGUGACUUCGGGCUCUCCAAGAUUGUGGAUGAACAGGACACCAUGAAAACCGUCUGUGGGACGCCGGGAUACUGCGCCCCUGAAAUCCUCCAUGGGUGCCCAUACGGCCCUGAAGUGGAUAUGUGGUCCGUGGGUGUCAUCACCUACAUCCUGCUUUGUGGCUUCGAGCCCUUCUUCGACCCGCGGGGGGACCAGUACAUGUACAGCCGCAUCCUCACCUGCGACUACGAGUUCGUGUCCCCGUGGUGGGACGAGGUUUCCCUCAACGCCAAGGAUUUGGUCAGAAAAUUAAUCGUCUUGGACCCCCAGAAGAGACUGACUGUUCACCAGGCUCUGGAGCAUCCCUGGGUCACAGGGAAAGCGGCUAAAUUUGCUCACAUGGACAGCACGCAAAAGAAACUGCAGGAAUUUAACGCCAGGAGAAAACUGAAGGCUGCAAUGAAAGCCGUGGUGGCUUCCAGCCGCUUGGGCAACCAUGGUCACCACGACUGCUCCCGCGGCGGGCGCAGCCAGAGAGGUCCCCGGGGCACCCACCUGCCCCAGGGGACAGGGACCGCUGGCCCCGAAGCCACCGCCACCACCGAGGACCUCGAAGCUUUCCAGAGCGACUGCGCCGCCGUGUCCAAGGUUCCU